AAACUGUCCAAACCACAGUGAGGUAAAAGGUUGCGGAGUUUACAUCCAAGAUGGCUGCCGAACCGAGCAGGGAGUGGAGUGACGAGCAGCUUCAAAGUGAUGAUCUUCCAAAAAAAGAUAUAAUCAAAUUCUUGCAGGAUAACGCGGCCCAGUCGUUUCUUGCUGAACAUAAACUACUGGGAAACAUAAAAAAUGUUGCUAAAACAGCGAAAAAGGACCGUUUGACCGUAGCCUACAAUAAGCUGUUUGAGAGCAAGCGGUUUAAAGGAACAGACCCAGUGGAAGAAGUGACAGAAGAGAUGAAAGAAGUUAAAAUUGAAAAUAAACCCAAAGAAAGCAAAGUUGACCCAGCUGAUGAGGGCCCACCGAAGUACACCAAGGCAGUGUUAAAGAAAGGAGACAAGAUCAACUUCCCCAAGAAGGGUGACACAGUGAGCUGCUGGUACACUGGCACCUUGGAGGAUGGCACAGUCUUUGACACCAACAUCCCCGCAACUGCCAAGAAGAAGAAGCAGACCAAGCCUCUGAGCUUCAAGGUUGGAGUGGGCCGCGUCAUCAGAGGGUGGGAUGAAGCACUCUUGACGAUGAGCAAGGGGGAGACAGCAAAGAUUGAUAUAGAACCAGAGUGGGCCUAUGGGAAGAAGGGCCAGCCCGACUCAAAAAUCCCACCAAAUGCAAAGCUGAUCUUUGAGGUGGAGCUUGUGUCCAUUGAGUGAAGAGCAGACCCCAGGGAAAGAAGUGACCAUGCAGUGAACAAGAACCCAAUGCUGCACAUCUGGGUCCAUUUUUGUUUGGGCCACAGUGUUAAAAGACAAACGCAAAAAAAGCUUUAUACCGUUCACAGCAUUAUACAAGCUUGCAUGCGUGUUCUAAUGCCUGUUCAAUCCAGACUGAGCGCCAUUACAUUUUUUUCCUCCAAGAUUCCUGGACUUUUCCCCACAUCAGAUAAAUGCAAAUAAAGUUUGGUAAAUUAA